ACUGAUAUUUAUGUAAUGCUUAUAUUCUUGGUCAUUCCAGGUGAAAGAUUCUCUGAAAUUGUUGGAAGUCCAUACUACAUGGCUCCAGAAGUGCUCAAGCGGAACUAUGGACCUGAAAUAGAUAUAUGGAGUGCGGGAGUGAUUCUCUACAUCCUAUUGUGUGGAGUUCCUCCAUUUUGGGCCGAGUCGGAGCAAAGGGUUGCACAGGCCAUUCUCCGUGGGCUAAUAGAUUUUAAACGGGAUCCAUGGCCAAAUAUUUCGGAGAGUGCAAAGAGUGUCGUUCGACAGAUGUUGGAGCCUGACCCAAAGCUCCGGUUAACUGCAAAGCAAGUACUUGAACAUCCUUGGCUCCAAAAUGCAAAAAAAGCUUCAAAUGUUCCCCUUGGAGAUGUUGUCAAAUCAAGGCUUAAACAGUUUUCUAUGAUGAACAGAUUCAAGAGGAAAGCCUUGAGGGUCAUUGCGGAUCAUUUAUCCAUUGAAGAAGUUGAAGAUAUCAAAGAAAUGUUUGUGAAAAUGGACACAGAUAAUGAUGGUAUUGUCUCGAUUGAGGAACUGAAAGCUGGACUUCAAAAGUUUGGCUCUCAGCUUGCCGAAUCUGAGGUGCAGAUGCUAAUUGAAGCUGUGAGUGGACACUAACCUGUAUACCUGAUG